CAGCUUCUCCGGUUGGUCUGAGAGCAGAGGCCCAGACGUGGCCGACGUCCUACCCAGGCCAGAAGGCACAGUCUCGGGAUAGCUGCUGCCCUCCAUCCACCUGACGUCCACGGUGUCAGGAACUCCUGGUUUAAGGUAUCUCUGAACUGACGCAGUGCUGAUAUCAGCAGUGACAGGACGAGCUCUCUCUAUCUUUCAUCACGCAAAUACACAGGAGCCACCAUGACUUCCAAGAUGGUCAUCAAUCAGCCUCAGCCUGUGAUGGUCUCCCGGGAAUCCGAGGAGUGGUCCUCUGGGAUCUGUGACUGCUGUGACGACGUGCCCCAGUGUUGUUUUGCUUUCUGGUGCCUUCCCUGCUUCUCCUGUAUAACUAGUGAGAAACAUGGCGAGUGUCUCUGUCUCCCCCUGCUGGACGGCUUCGGCAUCAUCCCUCCCAUCAACAUGUCCAUGAGGGUCUCCAUGCGCCAGCGCUACCGCAUCAAAGACACCAUGUGUAAAGACUGCCUGUACUCCACCUUCUGUUACCCAUGCUCCUGGUGUCAGAUGGCCCGAGAGAUGAAAAGCAGAAACAUCCCGAUCGUUCUGGUCAGUGCCAAGCAUUCAUGACGACACUCAUCAAUCAUCUCCACCCAGGCUGUCACAUCUUCCAAUUAACCACAACCUGCAAACUACACUACAACUUACUAACCUGUUAGUGUAACUACACUUUAGACUGAAGCCCAUUGAGAGAAACUAAUGAUUUAAAAAAAUACAGCCUAAAGUGCUCCUGUCGCUGACUGAAAAACUUGAGCCAUAAAUUUCUGUAAUAGUAAUUUAUUGUUGUUUUUUUUUAAAGAUGGUUGAUCUAAUCACUCUCCAGCAUCAUUAAAGUUCCUACUGCAAGA